AUUUGAAUAAGGUUGUCAAUGAGACGCACGUGUCAUCGUGAAUUAAUAGUAGGAUGUUGAUACAACGUUAAACAUCCACUAAAACAGUUUUUUAGGGAAACACAGCAGGCUAAAAGACUAAAUGUCUGGUUGGAGCAGAGCCGGGGUCCUCGGCGCCUCCGUCGCUCUUGCGGGCGGACUCGCCUAUCUUAUCUGGGACUCUGUGUCCUCCUCCCGGGAGGAAGACUGUGAGAUGGAGUGGCGGCUGGGACCAGACGGUCAAAAUUCCGGAGAUGAAGAGGACAGACCUCCGGUUGGAAGAACUUUCGUUAUUGCUGGUGAAACGCAAAACGCGCCACGGCCCAGGCCUGUGGUGUCAGGUGGGGCACGGGUGCUGUUUCUGGGCCUGGAUGGAGCCGGUAAGUCCAGCCUGCUGCACUGUUUGGCCACCGGCGGCUGCCUGGAGGAGGACACUAAGCCGACACAUGGCUUCAACGGUAUCUCCGUCUACAGAGAAGACAUGCACAUCGAGUUCCUAGAGAUUGGAGGUAAAGAGGAGCUGCGGCAGUACUGGCACAGGUACUUGUGCACAGCUAAUCUGCUGGUGUUUGUGGUUGACUCCUCCAAACCGCAUCUCCUCCCCGUCGUUAAGAAGCAUUUACAUGAGCUGCUGGCCUCUGACCCCUACCUGCCUUUAAUGGUUCUGGCCAACAAACAGGAUCUACCAGGAGCCUGCAGCAUCGCUGAGCUCCGUGACGCUCUGUCCUUGUCUGAGGCCGGAGACCGUAUGCUGUUCCUCUUAAGCACUGACAUGAAGACAACGGAGCUGAGCUCAUUCAUUCAGCAAACUCGAGACCUGAUGAUCCACAUGAUUUAUGACAGAGAAUAAAACCCCAUGACCUCCGUUUA